GACGCCGCCUCUGUGUCUCACUGCGCUGCUCCGCUGCCUGCACUUCCACAGAAGAGCCAUCGCCGUCUUCGCGCCCGUCGACAGCAGCAGCGGCAGCUUUUUCCCAGAAUACAACAUCUGCAAGUGGCUGUCCGCGUUGCUGCGCCGCCGCAUCAUCGGGCUGUGCAUCCACUGCCAAACCUGCAGCGCCUGUCCACCACGCUAUACACAGCUCCUCCCCCCGACGCCAUCCACCCUCCCCUCGACACUCCAGCACCCCAAUCAUCACAACAACCCCCGCCAUUGCGACUGUUCCUCGCGCCCGUCGACAAUGGAUCACAACACCCGCGCUCCUCGCGCUGCCACCAACGCCAUGGACACGGACAGGCUGGCCGCCGAACUGACUGAGCAGUUCCGCCACGUCCUCAGCACAAAGCGAAUCAACGACCUCACAUCUCGCUCAUCUCAAUCCCGCUCCUCAUCACCAGCGCCCCGCGACUUUGGAUCCCCCCAACCACCGCCCUCGCAAGCAGCCCCACCGGCCUACUCGUCCAUCAAGAACAUUCCCCUCGUCCCAGAACCCCCACGUGAUGCUCGCUCCCUCCGCUUCAAGAACAUGCUCCACUCGCUCUCCAACAUGCCCGUACGAUGGGAAAACCCCGGACUACUCGACGAGGCCCUUCGCGUCAUCCCGCUUGAGCAAAUCUACAACGAGGCUGAAGAGGAAAGCCAGAUCCUGCAGGCCGAGGCAGAGAGCAUGGGCGCUGGCAAGAAGGCAGCGUGGGGCUACCAAGACUGUGUCGUCCGCGCACUGCUGCGAUGGUUCAAGCGUUCCUUCUUCUCAUGGGUCAACAACCCUCCCUGCUCGCGAUGCUACUCACCCACCGUUGCCAUGGGCAUCACACCACCACUUCCCGACGAACAGGCCCGCGGCGCCAGCCAGGUCGAGGCCUACCGCUGCUCCAACGACGGCUGCAGGAACUAUGAACGUUUUCCCCGAUAUAACGACGCCUUUGUCUUGCUCCAAACCCGAAGAGGCCGAUGUGGUGAGUGGGCAAACUGCUUCAGCAUGCUCUGCCGCGCCGUUGGCUCAAGAGUACGCUGGGUCUGGAAUGCCGAAGACCACGUCUGGACCGAAGUUUACUCUGUGCACCGCAAGCGGUGGGUCCACGUAGAUGCCUGCGAAGAGGCAUGGGAUAAGCCCCGGUUAUACACUGAUGGCUGGGGCAAGAAGCUCUCUUACUGCAUUGCCUUUUCGGCUGAUGGUGCCAUGGACGUCACCCGCCGAUAUGUCCGUGACGCUAAGCAUGCUGCCGAGCGCAACCGUGCACCAGAGGCAGUUCUCCUCUACAUCAUGGACGAGAUCCGAGCAACACGACGAGCCAACAUGUCCAAACAGGACAAGUUCCGCCUGCAGGGCGAAGACAUCCGCGAAGCCAAGGAGCUCCGCGCCGGCGUCAUCUCAUCCAUUGCACAGGCCGUGUGCAAACUACGACCCGAAGACAUCAUUAACGGCCAAGUCACACGCCGACUAGAUGCCGAUGCUCAAAAAGCACUCGAAGGCCGCCUGAGCGGCAACUCGGCAUGGAUACGAGCCCGCGGCGAGGGUGGUCAACAGCAAAACCAGCAAGAUCCCCGAAACCAACACCCACGAUGAGACUGGGUAGAGAAGCCCAAGCACGCACAUCACACUUACUACUAUACCCGGUACUUGUUGGUCGCAUCUCGUCUACAUGACUAGCCAGAGCCAGGGCAUUGGUACUGGGUGAGAUUCGCUUGGUGCCCUGGUCAUAGGCAGGCAUGCAGACUGUGCGAUGUAAGCCGGUUCUCUUCCGAAAUGAUACCCGCGACACUCGCUACGC